AUGGGUCCCUCUCUCACUGCCUCAGGAAAGCCGAAAUUCGGCUACACCCAAACGCCUACGAUGAUGCUCGAUGGCGUAUUGAAGACUUAUCAAAGUGGUCCUCAAGCUCAACUCCAUGAGGUUUGUACUUAA